AUGGAGGGCGCGGCGCAGUCCCUUGCUAGCAAAGUUGGGCAGCUGGUGGCGGGUGAGUUCCAGAAGCUCCGUGGCGUCGGCGGUGAGGUCGCUCGGCUGAGGGACGAGCUGGCCACCAUGAACGCUCUCCUCCGCAUGCAGUCCGAAGCCGCGGAGGGCGCCGUCGACCACUUCGUCCGGGAGUGGAUGAAGCAGCUGCGGGAGGUGGCCUACGACGCCGAGGACAGCGUCGACCUCUAUCUAUUCCGCGUCAGGUGUCGGCCUGGCGACCACUUUCUGGUCCGGUGGAAGCACCUCGUUGCGACGAUCUCUUCUCGCCGUCGCCUUGUCCGCGACAUCAGGGCCCUCCGCGCCCAAGCCGCCGCCACCAACGAGCAACAUGCUCGUUACGGUGUCAGCCUCGAGCCACUGCGCCGGCCUCCUAAUUCUUCUGCCUCUGCACCGGCGACAGUGGUGGCGUCGUCGUCCACGAACACGCUCCACCGUGUAGACGACCCCAGUCAGUUCAUCGGCCUCAACAAGCAGGCUACCUUCCUCGCUGACAAGCUGAAAUCGGCGAGUGACACAGAGCGCCAGGUCAAGGUGUUCUCCAUCGUAGGCUUCGGUGGGCUCGGCAAAACAACGCUUGCCAUGGAGGCGUUCGACGGCAGGAAGGGCGUCAAGGGACUUUUGGUGCGCGUGCUCCAGCAGAUCGUGAAGCCGAAAUUGGAUAAUGACCAAGGGAUCAAGGAAGAGAACUCGGUGGGUAACAUGGACGGCGUGGACGAAGACGGCGUGGCCGAUAAGCUGGCGGACCUUCUCCACGAGAAGAGGUACCUCAUUGUGAUCGAUGACGUAUGGACCAUAUCAGCCUGGGAUGCGAUCCGGCCAAAGUUACCGGACAAUAACUGCGCCAGCAGAAUCAUUGUAACCACUCGGAUAGAUACUAUUGCACAGACAUGCAGUGAUGAUGCUAGUGGUUCCAUCUAUCGUAUUGAAGCUCUGAACACAGAAGACUCAGAGAAGCUGUUUCUGAGCAGAACAUUUGGCUCCAUGAGUGCCUCUUGCCCCAAUGAGUUGAAAGAUACUAUGGAGAAAAUCUUAAAAAAGUGUGGUGGGCUGCCGUUGGCAAUUAUAAGCAUUGCCAGCCUUUUGGCAUGCUACAAAUCACCUGAAAGCAAAGGUAUGUGGAAUACAGUUCUCAAAUCAAUCGGUUCACAGAUGCAGUGUAACCCAACGCUCAAGGGAAUGAGACAGAUAGUCACACUGAGCUAUGACCACCUGCCUCAUCAUCUUAAGGGUUGCAUGAUGUAUCUUAGCAUUUUCCCAGAGGAUUAUGUGAUCGUUAAAGAUCGGUUGUUGAGAAGAUGGAUUGCUGAAGGAUUGGUUGCUGAGGAUAGAGGGCUGACACUGAUGGAGGUAGCUGAAUCCUAUUUCAAUGAGCUGGUGAGCAGAAGCAUGAUUGAUCGGGCCGCUGAUAUAGCCAACUUCUAUGAUGGGAGGGUGGAGACAUGCCGGGUGCAUGACGUGAUGCUUGAGGUGCUGGUUUCCAAGUCUUUAGAGUCUAACUUUGUUAGCCUGAUAGGUGGGCAGUAUGAGGGGAUGCGCUACGAUAGGAUACGACGCCUCUCAGUCCAUGGUGGAGGAAAGGUUGCCAAAGAAUCGCCAUCCCGAAAAGUGGCGGCAGGGUUUGGUAGGAAGAAUGCUAUCAUGGGGAUGAAUGUACAGCAUACCCGAUCACUGAGUAUGUUUGAGCUUGAUCGGCACAAGCUGCUUGAUCGUCUUGGUGAGUUCACCCUGCUCAGGAUACUUGACCUUGAAGACUGCAACAGCCUUGAGAACAAACAUAUGGGCUAUAUCUGCCAGAUGUACCUUCUAAGGUUCUUGAACUUGAAGGGUACUGAUAUAAGUGAACUCCCUCGAGAAGUUGGUAAGCUGGUGCAUUUGCAAACACUUGAUGCACGCAUGACGUGCCUUAAAGAUCUACCGAAAACUGUGAUAGAGCUAGAGGAACUUGAGAGUCUACAGUUCUCCAACAAAUCUGAUAAGGACAUCCGGUGGAUGCCACCCCCAGGCGUUAAAAAAAUGAAGGGACUACGCAAGGUGAAUAAAGUGGUUGUCCAAUCAAACAAGAGGUUUGCCAAGAAGGUUGCUGAAGAGAUAUCUGAACUAGAGCAAUUGCUAGAGCUAUCCAUCUAUGUCGACAGCAGAGAUGUCAUUAACCAGGAUGUCCAUGAAACGCUUAUCGAUUCUGUGGGCAAGCUAUACUCCCUCCGAUGCCUCAACUUUGGUGACAUUGGUUGGGACUUGGAGGUAAUGAACUUUCUACAUCACCUGCGCUCGCCGCCGCGGCUCCUCCGAUACCUAAGGAUCUGUGGGGGCCUUGCUGGAUUUGGAUUGCCUGACUGGGUUGGAUUACUAACCUACCUUGUUGAGUUUGUCAUAGCUUGGACCUUACUGCUUGAAGGUGACCCACUGUUUGAAGUACUGUGUAAGUUGCCCAACCUGAAGAGGAUCACCAUGGAGCAAAACUCUUAUAGAGGAGAAAAGCUGGUAGUACAAGCUACCCAAUCCUUUCCUGAGCUCACAGACCUGAAAGUGCUAAGUGCAGGAAUUCCGGCACUCUACCAAUUUGAGAAAGGAUCGAUGCCAAAGCUUGAGAGGUUUGAAAUGCUAAUGGUUGGCAGUGAGCAAAUUGUUGGGAUUCAGCACUUGACAAACCUUAGAGAGGUGCAGUUAAGUGGUAAGAUAGGCAACAGUGCACUGAAACUUGCACUGGAAAAUCUAAAGGAAGAGAAUGGGAAGCGCAGCAGUUCCAAUCAAUUCAAAGUUCAAGUGAGAUAUGAGUGA